CGAGCGCGGCUGUGCGCAUGCUCAGUGACCACCCUGGCCGGGCAGCUUCCGCUGGGGCGGAAGGGGGACGAUGGAGGGUCAGAGGUCACAGGUCACAGGCAGCAUGGCCGCUGCAGGGGCCCGCCUGGGAACCCGGGGAGCCGGUGAAGCUGUGGCAGCAGCCCAUGCAUUGUCCCCGCCAGCUGAAGCCUAUGGCAAUGAUCCCAACAUAGAAAUGAUCUGGGCCAUGAAAGCGUAUCAGCACGCUGAAGUCUAUUUUAAUCUUAUUUCCUCUGUUGACCCCAAGUUCCUGAAACUUACAAAAGUUGAUGACCAGAUCUAUGCUGGGUUUAGGAAAAGCUUUGGUGACCUCAAGAUCGAUGUGCUUGACCCAGAGGAGCUCAAAUCGGAAGCAGCCAAAGCGAAAUGGCGCCCCUUCUGUAUGCAGUUUGAUGGGGUAGUUGAAGACUUCAACUAUGGCACCCUGCUCCGUCUGGACUGUACUAAGGACUACACGGAAGAGAACACAAUAUUUGUCACCAGGAUCCAGUUCUUUGCUAUUGAAACAGCUCGUAACAGAGAGGGCUAUAACAAUGUUGUUUACAGCCAUGCCACAGAAAUAAAGUCUGUUGCUGUAGAGAGAGGACUAUCUGCAUGAGGACAGGGAUGGAAAUACUUUACUAGCCACACAUGGAGAUGGAUAGGAAAGGUGAGGAGGAAGAUUCCCUGGUGCCAGGAGCAGUCAUAUAAAGUGGACUCUUACCCAGGGGAGGGAGAAAGAACAAACAAGACUUGGGCUUCAAUGUGAGAAUUUGUCUGCGGUGCUCUUAUGGCAGCAUUUCUGCUAUGUUAACUACUAAGCACCCUGUAAAUAAAUGUUACUGUGCU